AUUAUCUUUACAACUCCAUUUACACCUGAGACAUUUCGUUAUGAAGAUAAAGUAAAACGUCGCCGAACUAUUAGAAAUUCUCAAGUGUCACACCAUAAGGUUCAGCAAAAACCUCAACUUACUGUAAAUACAAACCCGAGUAUACCAACUAUGCGUAAAAUGGGUAAUAAAGAUUAUUGGAGUACUUACAAAAUUCCUGAUCAAUAUGAGGUUGAAACUAAUUUAGCAGGAUUGUCUAUAAGAUAUAAAACCCAAUACCAGCAAGCUGGUAAUAUUAAUUUUAAGAUUAGUUGGAUAAAUUCUUGUGGUAAUAUAUUAUCAAGUAUUAGUACAACUUCUGCAAGUGAUGUUGGUACUAAAUUUUUAAUGGAUAUUUGUAAUAAACCAAAUACCCGCAUUUCUGGAAUAUUUUUAUUUGGAUUCGAUAUUGAUUGCUUACAUAAAGCAAGAAUUAAAAUUCCUACUAAUCGCAAGCAUUCAUAUACAGAAUUAAAAUCUAGCUCACAAAAAAACAACGAAUCACAUUGGCAGCAAAAGACUUAA